AGACUCCAUGGCAGAUAGCGUAGUUAGUUUUGUGCUGGAAAACCUGUCUCGACUUGUUACACACGAAGCCAAUUUGCUGUGUGGGGUGGAGGACAAAGUGAGGUCCCUUGAGAGUGAGCUCAGAAUGAUGCAUGUCUUCCUUAAGAGCUACAACCAAAACCAGCGCAAGAAGGAGAUCGAACAAGAGGUUCUUCAUCAAAUUACAGAAGUCGCACAUGAAGCUGAGGAUGUCAUCGACACCUUUGUUGGCAAAGUUGCCCGGCAUCGAAGGAGAAAUUGGUUGUCCAGGAUGCUCCAUGUUGUCAACCAUGCAAAGCUGCGGCACCAUGUGGCAGAGAAAAUAGACAACAUUAAAGCCACCAUCAAUGGGAUUCAUGAAAACAAAAUCAAAUAUGACACCCAAGAAGCAGUAGGAUCUUCAACGGAUCAGGAGUUACAACUACUGCACAAGCGAAGAAGGGAUGUGGAGGAAGAGGACGUGGUGGGUUUUCAGCAUGACUCAGAUGAAGUAAUCAAUCGCCUCGAGCAAGGGGGUUCGCGUCGAAGUGUGGUGUCCAUCAUAGGUAUGGGCGGAUUGGGUAAAACUACUCUCGCUCGCAAGAUUUAUAACAGUGAUUAUGUCAAGAAUUACUUUGAGUGUUAUGCUUGGGUUUAUGUGUCUGAUGACUAUAGACCUAGAGAGCUUUGGCACGCCCUUCUUAGACGCUUGAUGCCAAUCUCUACAAAUGCAUGUCAUUACAAUAACAAUAUAUAUAAGUAGCAAGCAUGGAAAGAAAUCAAAGGGCAAAGGCAAAGCUGGAUAUGAUGACUUGUGUAGUUUGAGCGAGGAAGAACUGAGAGACAAGGUAUGAGACUGUUUAAAAGAAAAGAGGUAUCUUGUAGUGUUGGAUGACGUAUGGCAAACUCAACAUUGGGAUGACCUACAAUAUGCUUUCCCGAAUGAUAAUAAAAGUAGUAGG